CAACUGCGGGAUCCUGUGCGGCGCCGCCUCCCGGGAGCUACGCUCCUGGCACAUACUCUUUUACCUUCAGUUUCCAUGAUUUUGACUACUCCAGAUAUCUCAUAUAAGUGAAAAUGUACAAGGGGCUGCUGGUCAGCCUCGGCAAGGUGGUGCCCGUGUGAGGACCAAGGAACGCAAGUAGACGUGGCGGAACCCUCGAAAACGAAGAGGAAGGAAACAAAAGUAACUGCGCACUUGUAACAGCUGAGCUGCUCAAAGCAGGAAGAACUCUGAGCCUGAGCAGUGGAGGCCCCUCUGGAUCUGGAGAGAAGAGGCAACCUUGGAACCAGUAAUGAGUCAUCCUGACUGCAGGCUGAACCUGGGGACCCUCAGAGGUGUGUCCUCCGUGGUUGGCCCACAUGGUGUUGGUGCUUCGCCAAGUGACAAAAAGUCAAAGAACAAGUCCAUACGAGGGAAGAAAAAGAGCAUCUUUGAAAAUUACAUGUCUAAGGAGGAUGUUUCAGAAGGCUUGAAGAGAGGAACACUUAUCCAGGGUGUAUUGAGAAUUAAUCCAAAGAAGUUUCAUGAAGCCUUCAUUCCUUCCCCGGAUGGUGAUAGAGACAUUUUUAUUGAUGGGAUUGUUGCUCGUAAUAGAGCCUUGAAUGGGGAUCUGGUGGUCGUGAAGCUGCUUCCAGAGGAGCAGUGGAAGGUAAUUAAACCAGAGAGCAGUGACAAAGAAACAGAAGGUGCCUAUGAAUCAGAUCUCCCUGAGGAAAUCUGUGGAAGCCAUCUCCUGCAACAGUCCCUGAAAGGCCAUAAUGACAGUCCUGAUGUCAUUAUAGAGGCUCAGUUUGAAGACAGCGACUCAGAAGAUGGACAUGGCAACACACAACAUGUUCUGGUUGAUGGUGUUAAGAAACUCUCAGUUUGUGUUCAUGAAAAAGGUGAAGAGGAUGCUGGUGCACCAAGUACAAAAGAUGAGAGCACCUCCAUGGCACAGGACACAAGCGCUUUACCAGAGAGGUCACUGCAAAGAUCAGCAAAGGUGGUUUACAUCGUGGAGAAAAAGCAUUCCCGAGCAGCAACUGGCUUCCUCAAACUCCUGGCUGAUAAGAACAGUGAACUGUUCAGGAAAUAUGCCCUGUUUUCUCCCUCAGACCACCGAGUGCCCAGAAUAUACGUGCCUCUCAAGGACUGUCCCCAAGACUUUGUGACCCGGCCUAAAGAUUAUGCCAAUACACUGUUCAUUUGCCGCAUUGUGGACUGGAAGGAGGACAGCAAUUUUGCCUUGGGGCAGCUGGCUAAGAGUCUUGGGCAGGCUGGUGAAAUUGAGCCUGAAACAGAAGGAAUACUAACAGAGUAUGGUGUGGAUUUCUCUGAUUUCUCUUCAGAAGUUUUAGAAUGUCUUCCUCAAGACCUGCCCUGGACAAUACCACCAGAGGAAUUCAGCAAGAGAAGAGAUUUAAGAAAAGACUGUAUCUUCACCAUUGACCCAUCAACUGCCCGAGACCUUGAUGAUGCCCUCUCCUGCAAGCUACUUGCUGACGGCAACACCUAUGAAGUGGGAGUUCACAUCGCCGACGUCAGUUACUUUGUCCCUGAGGGCUCCGAAUUGGAUCAAGUGGCUGCUCAGAGAGCUACGAGUGUCUACUUGGUUCAGAAGGUGAUCCCCAUGCUUCCCAGGGCAUUGUGUGAGGAACUGUGCAGCCUCAAUCCCAUGACUGACAAACUGACCUUCUCUGUGAUCUGGACGCUGACUUCGGAGGGCAAGAUCCUUAGUGAGUGGUUUGGCCGGACCAUCAUCUGCUCCUGCACCAAACUGAGCUAUGAGCACGCACAGAGCAUGAUUGAGAGCCCGACUAAGACAAUCCCUGAGCAGGAGCUGCCCCCCAUCUCCCCUGAGCACACCAGCGAGGAGGUACACCAGGCUGUCUUGAAUCUCCACCGGAUUGCGAAGGAGUUACGCAAACAGCGGUUUUUGGACGGUGCACUGCGUUUGGAUCAGCUGAAGCUUGCUUUCACUCUGGACCAUGAGACUGGAUUGCCUCAAGGAUGUCACAUCUACGAGUACCGCGACAGCAACAAGCUCGUGGAGGAGUUCAUGCUCUUGGCCAACAUGGCAGUGGACAAAAUCUAUCGCGCCUUCCCUGAGAGGGCGCUGCUGCGCCGGCACCCUCCACCCCAAACCAAGAUGCUCAAUGACCUGGUGGAAUUCUGUGACCAGAUGGGGCUGCCCAUGGACUUCACCUCCUCUGGGGCCCUCAAUAAAAGUCUGACCGAAAUAUUUGGAGAUGACAAGUACUCACUGGCUCGGAAGGAGGUGCUCACCAGCAUGUGCUCCCGGCCCAUGCAGAUGGCGCUGACUUUCUGCUCGGGGAUGCUGCGGACCAGGAAAAUAUCGGGAGCUAAGCCCUCAACGGGGCCAUUCUACUCACACUUUACCUCGGCCAUCCGCCGCUUUGCAGAUGUCAUGGUGCACCGUCUCCUGGCCGCUACACUCGGCUACAGGGAGCUGCCAGAUGUGGAGCCCAGUGUCCUGCAGAAGCAGGCCGACCACUGCAAUGACCGCCGCAUGGCAUCGAAGCGCGUGCAUGAGCUCAGCACCAGCCUCUUUUUUGCCAUCCUGGUCAAGGAGAGUGGCCCCUUAGAGUCGGAAGCCAUGGUGCUGGGUGUCCUGAACCAAGCCUUCGACGUGCUGGUACUACGCUACGGGGUGCACAAGCGCAUCUACUGCAAUGCCCUGCCCCUGCGGUCCCACCACUUCCGGAGGGUCGGCAAGAAGCCGGUGCUGACACUUGUCUGGGAUCCUGAGGACACGGAGCCGGAGCCAGUGCAGCAGGUCAUCACCAUCUUCAGCCUGGUGGAGGUGGUGCUGCGGGCAGAGGCUGCCGCCCUCAAGUACAGCGCCAUCCUGAAGCGGCCGGGCACCGAGGACCUCUUGGGCCUGCAGGACAAGGAGGAGUGUGACAGUGACCAUGACCAUGAGCAGGAGGACUGAAGCCACACCCUGGCACCACCCCACCGGCCUACCCCACCCACUGGCUUUUAGGAAUAGGACCUUUUGACACCAAAGGGGAUUUUUAAUUUGGUUUUUAACAUCUCAGGGUUUUGUUUUUAUUUUUUCAUUCUAUUUUACUUUUGCAGCUCAGUUUUUAAAUGAACUGGAGGGGAGAGGGUGGGGCUGGAUGGGCCAGUGCUUAUCAGAGCCGAGUGGUACCGUCCUCCUGGGAGGCCAUCCCCCCUUCUGCCAGGCCACCCACUGCCUUCCCCUGCCCAGGAAACGGGGUUUUCAGCAAAUCAGUGUCAUGGAAUAAAAUCAGGUGUGAAGUGCA